UAAUGCUUGUUACUUCCGGUUUACCUGUAAUGACUUGGAAGUGACAAAACAAACGAAUAUUUCAUUUAGGAGGAAUUACGCUCAUAAAUAACAGAGUCGAGCUGUCAUCAAGAUGCCAUCCACCAAGAGAACUGUCCUAGUUACAGGGUUCGGGCCGUUUGGCUGCCACAAGGUGAAUGCCAGCUGGGUGGCGGUGCAGGAGUUGGAGAAGUUGGGACUGGGCGAUGACGUGGACCUCGUCACGCAGCAGCUGGCUGUGGAGUAUGACACCGUCACUAACAGUAUCCCCACAAUGUGGCAAAAGCACAAGCCAGCGCUGGUGGUAACUUUGAGGUGGUAUGUCGGCAUGUCCGGCAUCGCCACGGAGUUGACGUUGGAGCAACAGGCCCACAACGAUGGCUAUGACAAGCAGGACAUCAACGGCACCUGUCCUUCAACACGCUGCUGUGUGGAUGGUGCUGACAACUGCAUCGUGUCCGAGAUUGACAUGCAGUAUGUAUGUCAGGAGGUCAACAAUGCAGGGAUCAAGGUCAAGGCCGUUGUAUCACAUGAUGCUGGAAGAUAUCUAUGCGACUUCUCUUUUUUCACAUCUCUACACAUUGAUCGUUGCCGAGCUGCCUUUGUCCAUGUGCCUCCCCUCAACACACCAUACACUGCAUCCGAGUUGGCGGAGGGGCUCCGAUGUGCCCUGCUCUCCAUGCUCAAGCAGGUGUCUUGACUACACGCAGGAUGUAGAACACUACUUCUAAGAAUCCCAUACACUUUGAUCAUGCAUAAUUCCUGAGAUAAUGCAAUAAUUGAAAUGCUCACCCAAACACUGUCACCGCCAAUCAUCCACCAAUCAAACUGCACAUCUGCACGUGAUGGAAGUAGCCGUCUGCACAGAGAGGUCAUGGGUCAAGGACAAAUGUUGAGUGUUACACCUUGUUUUGAUGUCUGUUGUGAAUCAGGAAACUGUGUUUUCACAUUUGCCAUGGUAGCUACGAUCCUGAAGUAUUUACAGACUGAUUAUAUUUCAAUAUUCAGAUUUGUGUUUAAGUUGAGCAGUGACUGAUAUUUGUACAUGAAUAUUUUUACCAAACCAUUUUAACAUUUGUGAACAUUGGUGACUGUGACGUAAAACAACAUUCACUCAUUUGACUUGGCAAAAGGAAAACAUGUAGAAACAUUUAUUUGCAAGAAACAGACCAUGAUGUUUAGAUCACUUGUGACUGUUGAAAAGUAUUGGCAGAUUAUUGUAACAAAGACUAAAUAAGUCUGCAUGGUUAUUUAGAAUUAUGAACAUUGUUAGUUGUGACAGAAGGCACAGAAUGUAGGACUGAAAAUGUCAAUAAACCUUCUCUGGUGAAAUGGACAGGCAUUUAUAUUUUUUCCAUUUUUUUCUGUUUCAUUGUUUCUUACCGGUACUUAGAUCUUGAUCUUAUGUAAUUUCGCAUGUACUUACUGUAUUCCGAAUACACAUUGUAGUGUGUACAGCUUGUGGAGUGUUACUGUGUAUGUCACUGAAAUGGAUUUGAUUGGUCUCAUCUUGGCAGGGUGUUGUGUCAUGUGACUGUAUAUGUGUGUCACAUGAUGAGAGUGUUUAUAGCUUGGCCAUGUGACAGUAUGUAUGACAUGUGUCAUAUGACAACAGUAUUGUGUUUAUAGCUAGUUAUGUGACAGGUGUAUGACAUGUGUCACAUGACUACAAUGUUUAUAGCUGGGUCAUUUGACAGUGUGUAUGACAUGUCACAUGACAACACUGUUAGUAGCUAGGUCAUGUGACAGUGUGUAUGAUGUGUCACAUGACAACUGGGUCAUGUGACCAUGAUAACUGGCAUCUCAUGCAGAUGUAUGUGUACAUGUACUCUCUACCAAAGGAUAUUCAGUUUUGCCAAGAAACGUAUGAAAUUAUUUCAUGAAUUGGAAUUGAUGAAAAUAGCAAUAUGACAGUUUAGAUGCCAUCAUUAAUUGCUAGUAAAAGUUAUGAAGAUAAACCUGACAAAGUAACAUUCCAAAUGUUUAAGUAAGUCUUUGUAUUAAUUUAUUUUGCAUAUAGGCUAUAGUCUCUGUGGAGGUACAUAAUGUCAUCAAGAGUAUUAAAUACAAAUAAUAGUAAGCAAACACAGAAUUAGCAGGUGCAUGAUAUCUCAAAGAGGAUAGAGUCCUCAGAAUAGAAAAUCAAUUGUGUUAACUUCUACUCCAAGGAUUCAUCUUUUUCCAGACAUUAAUUAUGUAAAUUAACUUUUUGUUUUAUUGGCAUAUUUGUGCAUAACUGCAUUAACCUUGGCCAGAUGAAAGUAUACCUACUUUUAGAUGAAGUCUAUUUUAGUCUACAGUUCUCUCUGGAUUUUGAGAUGAAGCCAAAUCACAAACGCAAAGAAAAUUAUGGAUACUUAAGUUGCGUCAUUUAUAAAAUAUAGUUAGGUGAACAAACUUACUGUCAGAGUUAUGUCCCUUUGAAAAUUAUUUCCCUUUAGAAGUAAUUUUAAAUUUGGGGGGAUUUUGAUGUUUGAAAGACUCUCAAUAUGAUUUGUCUGUAAUAUACCUUUACUUUUUUAAAUAUCUGUUGGAAUUGUAGAGGGGAUGCCAUGAAAUCAGUUGUUUUGUUGUUUCCUUAAAUUCUGAAUGUGUGGUAUCUUGGGUUUUUUCUUCUUUCUUUUUUUGAUUUUUAUAAAUAUUUUAAACAGUUUCUAAUGAACAAGGAUGAUAAUUCUAGUUUUUGCAUUUUUUUUUUAGUUCAUCUAAUUGUGAAAGGAACAACAUCAAAUGUCUUUCAGGCUGUUCUUUGAAUUUUAUAGCUGUAUUGUUGCAGUUAUCAUUGACAGUUAUCAAGUUGCAAACGUUUUUGUCUUCGUAGGAACUAAACAUUUAUUAAUGUCAUGAGGACAAAUUGAUCUAUCCAGGGACUA